AUGGUGCGCGGCAAUGAGGGUUGGACCCAAUCAGCAUUUACGCCACUCCUAUCUUCCCUGUCGGAACUUCAACGAGUGUCUUUGGCCCCAUGCUCGCUACAAGGUACUCUGAAGUCUGGCGCGAAUGGAGAACGUUUGGCUGAUCGCUCCGACUACCCAAAUGGCUGUCAAAUCACGUACAAUCACAUUCAACUGAUCUCUACGCAUUGCCCUAUACCUCUAGUCAGCGAGUUGGGCUGUUCCAACAUCGCCACCACAAUCAAGUCCAAAUUCACAAUUGUGUCGUGGUACCACCAAUGUAACCGCGGCUACUCUACUCGCAUCGCACCUCUACACAGCAUCCAACUCACCGGCAUGCAACGCUCCCGCACCCACUCCCACGCCAAAGACCUCAUCUCCCUUCAACGCACAACAACAUCCGCAAAGUCCAACUGCGAAUUCGGAGCUCAAAGUCCGACCAAUCAGGUCGUGAAAUCACUUACAACUGGCAACUUCGGGCGUGACUUGGUUAUGCCCAGUGGCUGCAGCGUGGAUCCUGUGCACCAAGCGCGUACAAUUGGUGUCAAGCCAAACGAACCACGGUGUUGCAUCAAGCGUGGUAAACCCAUGCCCUCCGAACUCAUCAGAACACGCAUCAAACUGGCUGCUGGUGUCACUGGUCAAGAUGCUCUCAACCCAUUCGCUGCGAAAGUUGCGGUGCGUCGGCUUUGUUUCGCGGCGGCGCUACCGACCUGGCAAUUCAACUGUUCGGUCGGUGGACGUCAGACGCCUUCGAACGAUACACCAGAAUGGAUGGGCAAGAAAUAG